GGAGUCCGAGCUAGCCGGGCCGCCGAGAGAUCACCGCGUUUUACUGCAGCCCAUUGCACCUCACCUCAUUUCUCCCACUACGUAGACAGCAACCAGCUGCGCCAGCCUUGCCAGCGAUUGGGUAAAAUAGGAGAAGCGUCAAUCAGUGGACUCGAGGGGCCAAACCAACAAACCGAACGGGUAAGAGAGAUCAACUGUCGGCUGCGGUGCUGACUGAGGUGACCACUAAGGACUUUUCCGCCCAUCAUAUUCCCGUCAUGUCCGUAGUCCUAGUACGAAGUGCUAUUCCGUCGAAUAGUGGUUUUCGUGUCUGUUUGGCCCGGCACUGGACGCUGAUGCAUGCGCAACGCUUAACUCCCCACCACCACCAAUCCCACCGUCCAUUCUCAGCCUCACAAUUUGUGCAGAUUCGACCGCCUCGCCCGUUCUGUCCCGCUGGACACUGCAGCAACUUGUAUGCAACCUCCACGGCGACGGCGUCCUGCCGCUGGCCAAAUAAGGCUUGCAACCGCGUCCCCGCAGAACCAGCGCCCCGCGCACCGCCCGCAUUAGGCCCCGAAGUCGCAAUGUCGAACGCCGAUCGCCAACGUCCGGAUGUGACAGGUGGAAUUCGGGAUCGAGCUUCAUCGCCUUUCUGUGUUUUACUGGUUGAGAAGAGUUGUCGCUUCCCAGGUUCCCUUUCUUUUUGCGACCGGCAUAAGCACGCACAGACUCACUCUCAUCAGCUCGGCGCCGUCAAUGUACUGUGUAAUGCAAAGAGACGUGUAACAUUGGCCACGGCGUGGGCUUUCCCACGCGCCAACGUUUCCAAGUUUUCUAGUCUCACCAGUGCGGUGGCUUGCGUCUCAACGCGAACGGUUCGUCGAGGCCCGCGGGCCGCCAGAUUUGUUGGGCCCCCAGGACAAAUGCACUACUGGUUGAUUGGUGGUCUGCUCCCGCUCCUCCGGGCUCACUUGCUUGCUCCCGCCCUGGUGCUCACAGUGAUCGCGCUGCCUUCAAGGUUCGCCACUGCAGUGAGUCGGCCAUUCUGGCUUGUCAGGCCACUACAGCAGGCCCCAGGGCCAAGCGCCCAGGCAUUUGCCACGGCCCCGCACCACCCACCAUAAGCGCCUAGCGCCAUUCGCGCCCCUCAGAUCCUCAGCUUUCCCAACAAGCGCCGUGGAAUCCACCUAGCGAGCACUCUAGCGCCGAGUCUGCGGCCGCCCCUUGAGCUUCGCUAGCAGCCCUGCUACUCUCCGGCUUCUGUUUCAUCUCUUUCUAUUAAAUGGAAGCUAAUUGUUAGAUAAGUCAAAAGCCGUCGAACAACUAGAUGCCGUGCUUAUUCUAUCCACUGCACAAGAGUGAGUGACUUGCCUCGAAACGUUGUUGAGUUUCGGUGCCUGCUAUCCGCGACUCAAAUGCGGUAGCUGAGGGUAGGUAAUCUCCCUGCCAAAAAUCCACCUAA